AUGUCGCAAUCCGGCUCGAACGUCACAUUCGAUUCCUCGUCUACUGUCGAGAUCGCGCAUAGACGCCCAGGCAUCACUCCCAGCGGAUCGCGGGUCACUACACCCUACUCCUAUGCACCUAAUAAAAGAGAUUACUUCCACCAACCUCAACUCCAUCCGCAGCAACUACCAGUGCAAUUAUCCCGGCACGAUACAGCACUCCAAGAACAUGCAAAGUACGUCGUGCGGACAGCGCGUGCCGAUGACGAUGCCGACACACCACUUGAUGUCAGCAGACGAGGGAGUUCCGUCUGGAGCCAGCAACAGGCCUACGAAGGUGAGGCAUCGACAAACACUCGCAAUCCUAUGAUGCCACAGCGGACCGACAAUACCACACCACCUACUAUGGAGGAGAUCAUGCGCAAGAUGACCAGCGACACUUCCAGCAGAUCAAGCCUAGGGCAAAGCGAUGCCGUCUUCAGUCGUCCGUCUACUAUACGCUCGUCCAUUACCGGCACCGAUGUUGAUGUCCUGACGCGAAACGAUACUGGAAUCUCCCUGGGCGGACUUGCCAGGAGCAUGACAAAGAAGAUCCCCAGCAUCAAACCGAACCGUACGCCAUCAGAGAAACUCUCACAGGGAUCGUCACUGCAUGGUGCAUACGAAUUAGAAGAUAUUCCGUCACCUCCCGUUGGCAAAAAAGGCCGCAAGCUAUCAUUUCAAGUGCCGUCUGGUUUGCAGAUGAAGAAGUCACUCACCGCUCCACAAAAACCAUCUCCGGUAGUGGAAGAGCCAUCAGCAUGUGUGGCCCGCGAAAAAGGGUCUUUUUCAGGCUCACAGUCAAGUCGUGGUGGGUUGGCGGCCCGCAGACAGGUCAAGAUGGAUCUCACACUUCCAGUUGGACUCCCCGAUUUGUCCAAGGCCAAGGAGCGACAAGCUACCCACCCCGCAGUCUUCAGCAGCAUCACUCCAUCGAGGCCUCGAAGUCCGAAAACGCCAUGGAUCCGCGAGAAGGAGCUCGAUUGGAGUCGGGCUCCAAGUUCUGCCCCUGUAAAGACCGCACAAACAGUGAGAUUACAAUCUGCACCCACUGACGCCUUCGACACGAUUACUUUGAAAGAUGUGUUUGUCGAGCUUGGGGUUGGGCCGGCACUACCUCCAGAGACACCUCCAUUCGCUACUACGCCGGUCGAUCGCCCGCCUCGCAAAGUUCGAGAUCGCUGUUACACCAGUAGGAAAUCUACCAAGGGCAGCCAUACUGGGAGGCUCAGUACGAGCGACUCGGACUUUGGGAGUACACCGGACGGACACUGGACGCCUGGCGCAGAGGAGGGUAUGGGUGAGGAAGAAGUGCGCACACAGAAGGAUCUCUUCCAACUAGCGCGGAUGUCAAAAUCUGUACGCGCCCGCCGUUGGCCCUGGAACAAGUCAAAGACCGGCUCCGAGGAACAGCCACCGAUGAGAAGCGAGCGCAAUGACAGUAGCAAAAGCCUUUCUGUCAACAUUUUCAAACGUGCGAAUCGCUUCUCAAAACCCUCAGAUAUGGAUAAUGAAGAAAAGGUGAUCUCGAAAGGCGUGAUGAGUACAUCCUGGCGAAAAGAGAAAUCUACAGACAGACCACCCUUGCCAUCUGCCUCUCUAGCCAAGAUGUCUGUUCCACCGGUAUUCGUGCCUCCGGGCAGCGAGAAGAUGGCUACGCCACCAGUAUUUGACUCGAAUCGCGAAGUCAGAGGCAAACUUGCAGACUUCUUCUUCGAGAUAGAUGGAAUCCCUUCGGCCAAACGAAAACCGAAAGCUAGUCCGGGCUAUUGGGAUUCUAACGCAGUCCUGAUGAGCUUGCACAAAGACCACGGUCUCAAUAACACCGAGGACGAAGAAGGACCCGAGGGCCGCCCGCCACCAGCUGCCUUCCACUUUGGUCCAGUCAACGAUACCCCCGGUCCCGUGAACACGCCGGGGCUCUUUACAGGCCCAGAUGGCUACCUCAGAAUCAGAGGCUUCCCGCAAAGUCCAUCAGGACAUUCCCCACCUACCCCAUCCGCCAGUGAUUCAUGGUUUCGCCAGCACUAUGGUGACUAUGCCGCCGAAGAAGAUUCACUCACAGUUGCCGCACUUCGAGAGGCAGAUGAAAGGAGGAAGUUUGAAUGGCUAGUCCCCGAACAUCUUCCCAAUAGCCCGUUGUGCCCACUCCAUGUUAAAUACGUAGGUCUGAGUAAGGGCCUCUGUUACUGGCAUGGUGAGAAGAGCAACGGCUGGGGAGUAGAACCUAGAAGGGACUACGUCAGUGAUCCUAUGAGGAUUGGUCAGGGGAAGACCAGGGGUUGGGAGGUGGGCAAGUGGGAGCCGCCAAAGGUGGAACGAAAGAUGAGGAGUUUGAGGGAUCUUGUUAAUGCUUAG